AUGGCCAACAACCAUGUUCCCUACAGCCUACAUGGCAAAGUCGCUCUUGUGACUGGUUCUGGCCGGGGCAUAGGUGCCGCCAUAGCUACCGAGUUGGGCCGUCUGGGUGCAAGGGUCGUUGUCAACUAUGCGAACUCGGCUGAAUCGGCAGAGAAAGUCGUGAAUGAGAUUAAGAGACUUGGCUCUGAUGCUGUUGCUCUCAAGGCCGAUGUCCGUCAAGUCCCCCAAACCGCAAAGCUCAUGGCCGACGCCGUCGCCCAUUUCGGGGGACUUGAUAUCGUUUGUAGCAACUCGGGUGUUGUCAGCUUUGGACAUCUGGCUGACGUUACAGAGGAAGAGUUCGACCGCGUCUUCAGUCUAAACACUCGUGGGCAGUUUUUUGUCGCUCGGGAGGCGUAUAAAAAUCUCAAUAAUGGCGGACGCAUCAUCCUCACGUCUUCGAACACGUCCAAGGAUUUCAGUGUGCCACGCCACUCAGUCUACUCCGGCUCCAAAGGCGCGAUUGACUCCUUUGUCCGCAUCCUGUCCAAAGACUGUGGAGAGAAAAAGAUCACAGUCAAUGCUGUAGCCCCUGGUGGAACUGUCACUGACAUGUUCCAUGAUGUCUCUCACCAUUAUAUUCCCAAUGGGGAGAAAUACUCGGCGGAAGAACGUCAACAGAUGGCCGCACAUGCGUCCCCUCUGACCCGCAAUGGAUAUCCCAUUGAUAUAGCCCGGGUCGUUUGUUUCUUGGCUACCGAUGAGGCGGAAUGGGUCAAUGGGAAAGUCCUGACCCUAGAUGGUGGAGCGGCCUAA